AUGGGUGACACCACCAAGGACGAUGGCUCUAGCCAAAGCAAAGGGGUGCGUAUGGAAAGAAGAGCGUAUUUUUUCAGGAAAUGGACGUCAAUCGACGUAAUGAGAGCUUCAUCUGUUGUGAUCAUUCAUUUGUUGUGUGUCUUGGCACCGUUUAACUACAAAUGGGAAGCUCUCCGGUUUGGUCUGAUUCUCGCAGUGGUUACUAACCUAAGCAUCACAUUCUCCUACCAUAGGAACUUGACUCACCGGAGCUUUAAGCUGCCUAAAUGGCUUGAAUAUCCAUUCGCCUAUUGUGCCCUUUUCGCUCUUCAGGGUCAUCCAAUAGAUUGGGUGAGCACACAUAGGUUCCAUCACCAGUUCACAGAUACAGACCGUGACCCACAUAGCCCUAUCGAAGGAUUUUGGUUCAGUCAUGUCUUGUGGAUAUUCGACACCGCUUACCUGAGGGAAAAGUGUGGAGGACGACGUGACAACGUGAUGGACUUGAAGCAACAAUGGUUCUAUAGGUUUCUUCGAGUCACAAUUGGUUUCCACAUCUUAACAUUUUGGACCCUCGUCUAUCUCUGGGGUGGUCUUUCUUACCUAACUUGCGGCGUGGGUAUUGGAGGAUUCAUUGGUUACCACGGGACUUGGCUCAUAAACUCGGCAUGCCAUAUUUGGGGUUCGCAAGCAUGGAACACCAAAGACACCUCUCGUAACGUUUGGUGGCUAGGGCUAUUCACGAUGGGAGAGAGCUGGCACAACAACCACCAUGCCUUUGAGGCGUCGGCUAGGCACGGGCUCGAAUGGUAUCAGGUGGACAUAACUUGGUACCUCAUUUCCUUCUUCCAGGCUCUCGGUUUAGCCACCGAUGUCAAAUUGCCUUCUGAGGCUCAGAAACGCAAGCUUGCUCUCGCUCGUUAA